AAAGGGAACCUUACUUAGGCUUGAAGACGCCAAUAGAGAAACCAACUAAGGCCUCUUUAAUAGCCCUCACUAGCUAGCCUCUUCCAAAUUAUCAGUAAAGAAAAAGAAAGUAACAACUACGACCCAUCACUCCAUCAAUAUCACUUUGCUAUUAAUAUCUCCAAUAGUUUGCAUAUUGAAGCAUGGUUGGUCCAUCCAUUAACUCCCAUAAUUUUCCUUUAAAAUUCCUUUGUAGCUAUGGUGGCAAGAUUAUCCCCCGUCAAACCGAUGGCAAACUCCGUUAUUAUGGUGGCGAAACCCGUGUCCUCUCCGUCGAUCGUUGCAUUUCGUUUGCAGAGCUAUUAGUUAAGCUACGGGAGAUGUGUGGAGGAUCAGUGAGUUUAAGGUGUCAAUUGCCUAGUGACGAUUUAGAUGCUCUUGUGUCUAUAACAUCUGAUGAAGAUUUGGCCAAUCUCACUGAAGAAUAUGAUCGUGAUUCCACAACAUCAUCGUCUCUCAAGAUCAGGGCUUUCUUAUUUCCACCCAAAUCCACAAAAAAAGUUGUCUCUCCUCAACCUUCCAUCACUUCUACCUCAUCCACCAACAGUACCAUAAUUAGCAACCCUGAUGCCACAUCGUCACCUAGUUCAUUUUGUUCCACAGUUACUAGCCCUCCUAUCAGUACUCUUGCUUCAUCGAGGCAUCAUGAUUGUCCAAGACCAUAUAAGAAAAUGACUCGCAAUUCUUUUGAUCAGUGUGAAACUCUUAAUAGGCGUAUCCGUCAUAGUAGGACAAGAUCAUCACCGGUGAUGUCUCCUAAUUGUCAUGAGAAAGUCGCGGCGAAGAUUCCUCAAUAUGCUUAUCAUAGUCAUGGGAACAAUAGUAGCCAUAUUUAUUUGAUUCACCAUGGUAUAUGAUGAAAAUCAAUUGAAACCUCCCUCUAUAAUUCACAGGAAACUAGAGUAACUUAAAGAUGGGGAAUUACAUGGCGGCACAUAGGUAUACAAAUCUUUGUUAUAUGUUAAAAUAAUCUUUUAUUGUGUGUUUCUUACCUAACAUUUAAUACCUUCACUUAAUUCAAAUUCGCGUAAAAAAUUCUACUUUGAAAUAAAGUGCUUCUUAUCAAAUACGAGUUCAUAUCAAGGGAUUGAAAAUAAUACCUCUAAUUAAUGAUGAAAAAAUAUUACUUAAUACUUACCAUUCCGGUACACAACCUUAAGUGACUAAAAGAAAUUUUCGUUAUGUAUGACUACUCCAUAUGCGACUAAAUAAUUGAACGCAGUAGAGUUUUUAACUUCUAGAUAUUGAUCGUUUAAAAGAAGUUUGUUAUAUAUUUAAAUUUUAGCUAUAUGGCUUGUGAAAUUAUUGCCAUAAAAGUGCAUACGUGACAUGAUAAAUAAAUUGAUAAUGACGUACUAGUUUAAAACAACAUUUGCCUAUAAUACUAGUUUUAAAAUUAUUGCCUUGUAUAUAUCUCAAUCAUCUUUUCACUCAUGGUUGCAACUUGUACUUCAUUUGAUGAGACUCCCUAACAUUUAUAUUACGAUAGUCUGAUAAGAUGUAUAAGAAUAAAUAUUAAAUAUGAUAAUAUAUUAUUAGUUAUCGGUGAAUUAAAUUUUUUAACCAAACAUUAUACUAAAACUUUGUGUAGUACCAUUCUUAUAUAUCCUACGAAGCGAUUCUAAAGUACAUUUUUUAAUAAAACAUUAUACUAAAACUUAGUGUAGUACCAUUCUUAUAUAUCAUACGAAGCGAUUCUAAAGUAUAUUUUUUAAUGAAACAUGAUACUAAAACUUAGUAUAGCACCAUUCUUAUAUAUCCUACAAAACAAUUCUAAAGUACAUUUUCUUAGUUACUGGAUGUAACAUUACAAAAAAAAUUGUGCAUAUAUAUAUCAAUUACUCCCAUGCCACGAACAUAUUUAUUAAAUUACUGCCAAAAUCCUCUUUCCUAAUUAGAAGAAGCUUCGAAAAAAUCAUGAUAUUUAGCCUCCAAUUUUGUCUUACUUCAAUAUAUUGCAGGGGUUCAUACUAAGUUGCUUGAGAUUGUAACCAUUCAUGGCCAAGUGUUCCAACUUGUGGUUUUCGUUUAUGAGCAAAGAAAAAGGAGCUUUUUGGUGACCAAAAAUGAAAUUGUAUUAGGAAUUGGACUGAUUGGAUCUGGCAAUUGGAGGAAAUUAAUUUUUGUUCUUUUAUACUUAAAUAACUUCGAAAAA